UACUCAGCCCGACACUCGACUCGGAGUUACACUCUGCCCCACCGUUGUCAUGCACUCGCCACAAUCCCCACAUCAGGCACAUGCAACACGAGUAGAUCUAUGUACGCCUGAUCAUGUCAGCUGAGUGAUGCGGCGCAGCUGAACGAGAUGUCAAAAUAAAAUUUCGAGGCUAGACCUUGUCCUUGUCCUUGAUCUGCUGGAAAGGUCAGGCUAUCCGGCCACAACAACUCCUGUACUGUAGUACUAGUAGCAGCCCUACUUGUAGCUGGCCUAGGUCCGCCUUGUACGUGUACUAGAGCCAGUAGAGGGCCCAACCGCUACCUGCCUGCUCGUAGUGACACGAUAGACGACUCAUCGUGAUUGUGACAGUGCGAUGCAUAGUCGUUGAUUUUUGAAUGGCCUGAAAUAUUACUUCCUCUCGAGAUCGCCACUUCAGACUCCAGGCAGUGGUAGCAGCAGCAUGGAGGAUUGGGUCUUGUCGUGUCGUGUGUCGCAAACAAAAUUACGGCAGGAUAAACCUGUGACGAUCGGACGAGAAGGAUGCGACAUUCCCAUCAAGACUGGAGUGGAGCCAAAGCAUGCUGCAGUGUAUUACAACCUGGCUGACAAGACAUUCUACUUGAAGGAUCUUGCAGGCACAACUGGUGAUGGA